AUGGCUACUAUUCAAACGCCACCCGAGCUGAAACUAGCAUCACCGCCGUUACCAGUGCGUCAAAAUUCAUCGGACUUGGAUUUAAUGGCGCUGACGAUGGCCGCCCUCCGCUUCGUUAACCCUUGGAGUCUAGAGAGCAAGCAAAACCAAUGGCAAGCUCGCAUCGAACCAGGGACACCGGAAGCAAAGGAUCGCAUCUUGACCUUAGCCGAAGUGUCCCAACACGACACUCCCCAAGACUGCUGGGUCGUCAUAUACGACCGCGUUUACGAUAUUUCUACUUUCCUCGAUGAGCAUCCCGGUGGUGCAGAUAUAAUGCUGGAGUAUGCAGGGAGGGACGCCAGUACAGCUUUCAGGAGUUCUGGUCAUUCAAAAAUGGCCGCAAAAGCUCUAGAGCGUUUCUUGGUUGGUGAGCUACCGAUGCAAGAGCGAAUGUACCGCCGACCGGGCGGCAUGCGGCUUAGUGAUAUACCCGAA